AUGAGCCAGGUAGUACAAGCGAGUGUGCCACCACAAGGUGGGCCAGAAGGAAAGCCCAAAACUAAGGCCAAACAGCGAUAUUUAAAGGCUAAAAAGGGCAGGCGCAAAGCUCGCAGGCAUGCGGGUCCCAAACCCUUCGGAGAAGGCAAGAAAAAGCGGCUUGCCGUGUCGAAUGACGGGAAGCUGUAUAAGUGCCGAAAGCGCGACAAAAUAGAAGAAGAAUCAAGCGCAGAAGUAGUAGGACAAGGUGACCAGGGAGAAGAUGGCAGCGAAGAGGGCGAUAAUGAUGCUAGUGACGCAAGCGAGAACGAAAGAGAGGACAGCACCGACGCAGAGCAAGAUCUCAGUGUUCCCACUGCUGAUAUUGACACAGACACAAUUGUUCAUCAUGAUUUGGGCAAGAGAGAAAGUUCAUUACCAGAUGACAUUCAUGCCGACCCAUUACAAAAGGAUGCAUCUGACAAGCCCGAAGAUGGAUCAACAUCGACAGCAGCACACUCUUCAUCGAGUUACCUGUAUCGGUUCCCACGGCCUCAACAGACUACGGAUCCCAACAGUGAUCUGCUCGCGCUCCAGGGAAUUCCCGAGGCACUCCUUCGACCCACUGAUGUCGCCACGACCAACACGCUGGCACUAGAUACCCCAAAUACGCACGGCGUGCGUCUUAGUCCACCUGUUCACAGGCAGCUUGAACAGCUUGGCAUUCGUGAGUGGUUCGCCGUCCAAGGGGCUGUGAUUCCUGCCCUCCUUCGCGAUGUCCACGCCCAUCACUUGUACUUGCCCUACGCACCGCCUCGAGACCUGUGCAUCUCAGCACCAACAGGCAGCGGCAAAACACUUGCAUAUGUCGUGCCGAUUAUCGAGGUUCUACACAAGCGGACGAUCCCUCAACUCCGCGCGCUGAUUCUGGUGCCGACGCGCGACUUGGCUGUGCAGGUCCGCGAUGUGCUAGAAGCCGUCGGGAAAGGUAGCGGACUUCGCUACGCGAUGAUCACAGGUAACCACAGUUUCCGACACGAGCAAGAUCAGCUGGUGCGUUCCGACAGCGAUGUGAAUCGGAGUCCCACUGAUAUCUUGAUUGCAACGCCUGGUCGUCUGGUCGAUCAUCUUCGAGGCACGCGUGGCUUUACUCUAGAGCAUCUACGUUACCUUGUAAUUGAUGAAGCUGACCGCCUUUUAGGUCAAUCAUUUCAACAGUGGGUACCCACAUUGCUCGACGCACUAGAGCCACGUCCUCACUCGGGUACGUGUGCACCGCCGUCUUUGUGGGAGGAGGCGGGUCAGGAGCACAAUCAUACAUGGACUCGUGAUGACAUGCAAGUGCCUCAAGCCAGUGUGCAAAAACUAUUAUUCUCUGCAACACUCACACGAGAUCCAGCCAAGGUCGGUGCGCUGCGUCUCCGGCAGCCACAAUUUAUCCGUGUCCGGGAUCCUGGCAUCUCCGACGGCCAGGGACUCGUACACGAGCAGCACUUUGCCUUACCUGCUGGUUUGCAGCAGCACAUGCUCGUGGCACCGACGAGCCAAAAAGUACUAUAUCUUUUACACUUGCUUCAUACCCCAAGCGCAGAUACGGAGCCCUUACGUCACGCUCUGUGUUUCACGAAGAGCGUCGAGACGGCCAACCGGCUGGUCCGUCUCGUGGCCUUUUUUGAAGAGGCAUGGUCGCGGCACACAAACACGCCGGCGCUCCAAGUCCGAUUCUAUUCGUCGGAUCUGGGAACGGGCGAAAGAAUUCAGCUUCUGCGGGAUUUUCAGCAUGGUCAUAUCGACCUGCUUGUGUGCUCAGAUCUAAUCGCGCGCGGUAUCGAUUUGCCUCACGUUCGACAUGUAAUUUCCUAUGAUGUCCCGUUGAUAUGGCUAAAUACGUACAUCGUGUUGGCCGCACAGCUCGUGCUGGACGUGCUGGUGAUGCUUGGAGUCUUGUUGAAGAACAGGAAGUGUACCACUUUAAGCGCAUGCUACGUGAAGCGGGACACUUUGAUCACAUGCACAAACACAAGGUCAAGUCGGAUGCUUUUGAUACAUAUUUACCAUGCUACAGAGAUGCUCUGGCUCGUCUUGCGCACAUGUACAGCCAGCAGCGAUAGGAACGCCAUAUAUUAUUUGGUCCAGCCGGAACCCACUUGCGUCACCUCAAAUGGCAUACGCCGUGCUCACAGAGAACUGGGCAGACUCUGCUUGCUACCCUAG